CUUGAUUCAGCGGUUAAUUUGGUAGGCCGUUGCACCCGUGCCUUAAAAACUUUCUUUUGAAUUUUUUUAUCUAUUUUUGAAUGAAAUUGCCAUGCAUUAUCGUUUAAUUUGAGUCAAAAUGAAUAACGACGCAAUUCUAUGCUCCGAAGUGAAUAUAGAGUGGAAAAAUAAGCAAGGAAUUUUACAAAGAAAGUUUAAUUCUAAGAAAGGAAACUUGAGGUUGGUUAGAAACGAGAAUGCCAAUAUAUUCAUAGAAAUUGUGGCCGAAAAAGUUGCCCCCGUGAAGCUGAAACUGAGCGGUAUAUCUGUACAUAAAAAAUUUAUGAAUGAAGGCAAGGCUUCCAUUAAAUUUCCAGAACAAAAUGCCAUACUUUAUAUAUCUAAUGCACCACCAGGACAGCUGCUGUCGUUUCUAAGAGUAAUUUUUGUUAAAAUGACUGGAGAAAAACCAGGGGACAAUAGUUCUAACACUGGUUCACGUGUCAAAUUACUUUCAAGCAAACCUAAUUCUUUUGAAGAUAUUUCCCCCAUUACCAACGCCGAGUUGGCUAGAGCUGUAAGAAAGGUUGCCAAAUCAUCUGAAACUACUCCUUCCCCAUUAGCUAGCAGAAAAAGAAAAAUUGAAAGGACAAGUAUUGAAAAAGCCCCAGCAGCAAAAAGGCUUUAUUCACCAGUUCCCAAUGAGCCAUUAGAUAUAGAACAGCAAGAGGUACUAGAUGCCUGUUUAGCAGGUCAUAAUGUGUUUUUUACUGGGAGUGCCGGCACAGGAAAAAGUUAUUUAUUGAAGAAGAUUAUUGGAGCUCUGCCUCCUGACGUGACAGUUGCAACUGCUUCAACAGGUGUUGCAGCAUGUCAUAUUGGAGGAAUAACUUUCCACCAAUUUGCUGGAAUAGGUUCGGGUGAAGCAAGCUUAGAAAGGAGUAUACAAUUGGCAAUGAAACCUCCUACAGUAGCAAUAUGGCGCAAGUGCAAGCAUCUUAUUAUAGAUGAAAUUUCGAUGGUUGAUGGUAAUUAUUUUGAGAAAGUCGAACAGGUUGCUAGGGGAGUUAGGAGAAACGACAAACCUUUUGGAGGUAUACAACUGAUUCUUUGUGGGGACUUCUUUCAAUUGCCUCCAGUUACUAGACCUAGGCCCGGUGAAACAACUCCAAGGCCCCCCAAGUUUUGUUUCCAAACUGAAGCUUGGCAAAAUUGUUUACUUAACAUCUUUGAACUGAAAAAUGUCCAUAGGCAAAGCGAUCAAAGGUUUAUUGCAGUAUUAAAUAAAAUUCGAACAGGAAAAGUAGAUCAAGAUGUGACAGAUACUUUGUUGUCUACUGCAAAGCAGAAAAUUGAGAAGGAUGGUAUUUUAGCAACUCGAUUGUGUACACAUACUAAAGAUGCUGAUAUUAUAAAUGAAUCUAAGCUUAAAGCUUUAGAUGCUCAAGCAAAAACCUACGAGGCUCAGGAUUCAGUUCCUGGAACUACUAAGCAACUGGAUCAGCAAACUUCUGUUCCGAGUCGCUUGGAGCUAAAAGUGGGCGCGCAAGUUAUGCUACUUAAAAAUAUUAAUGUUGGUGCUGGGUUGGUUAAUGGUGCAAGAGGAGUUGUCAAAGAUUUCCGAGAGGGCUUUCCUGUAGUCCAGUUCAGAAAUAGAGAAUAUAUAGCCUCAUUUGAAAAAUGGAUUGUGAAAACUGCGGGUGGCGCGGCCUUGACGAGGAAGCAAAUACCUUUGAAAUUAGCUUGGGCAUUUUCGAUUCAUAAAGCGCAGGGACUCACUCUGGAUUGUGUCGAGAUGUCUCUAUCCAGAGUGUUUGAGGCAGGCCAGGCUUAUGUAGCUCUAAGUAGGGCGCAAAGCUUGAAUACAUUAAGGGUUUUGGAUUUUAAGUCAGUUCAGGUGUGGGCAAACCCGGAUGUAUUGACUUUCUACAGAAAUUUAGACCAUACAAGACUUAUACCUUUAGGACCCGUAAACAAAUUUUUAAAUAAAGAAAAAACAAUAGUUAAAAAAAAGAUGCCUCUGAAAUCAAAACUAUUGGAAAAACCUUUGGUAAACAUUUGUUGAAAAUAAUAUCCA